UUCUCAUACACUGGAUGGGUAAGGCUUCCUGCUUCCUGGGACACACAAGUGGGGUCAUGAUUCUAACAAUGGAUGCUGAUUUUGCCAAAGGAAACUCAAUCAGAUUUAAGCCUUCACGACUGCUCCUAAGGAAGAGAGCGUUAAGUUUUCAGAAGGAGUUCUCCCUUGAAGAUAAAGAAGAACUUGCGAACAGCACAAAGGAUAUUGAUGCUAAUCUCUUAGCAGUACUUCCCAAAGUUUCAGAAUUAAGAAAACUCUUUGAACCAAACAACCGAGAUUUAUUGGAAAUGAAAAGAAAGGAAAGAAUAGCUAGGCGCUUAGAGGGAAUUGAGAAUGAUACACAGCCUAUUCUUCUGCAAAACUGCCCAGGAUCAGUCACACACCGUUUGCUAGAGGAAGACACACCAAGAUAUAUGCGAGCAACUGACCCAUACAGCCCCCACCUAGGAAGAUCAAAUGAGGAGGAGGAAACUUCAGAUUCUUCUGUAGAGAAACACCCCAGAUCAUCCAGAUACCGAUCGGAAACCACAGGAAGUAAGAAAGAGCCCUUGUACAGUACAGCAAAUAUGGAUGUCCAGGAACUGGAGUCAAAAGCAGAGAGAAUAGCCAGGUACAAGGCAGAGAGGCGACGCCAGCUGGCAGAGAAGUAUGGAUUAGCCCUUGAGUCUGAUUUGGAUUCUGACUACUCAUCCAGAUAUAUACGGGCAAGGAAAGAUCCUGACAGCGUGGAAAGAAAGGGAGUGAAAAGUGAAAGGCAAGAUGAUGAAAACAAGGACUAUGGCAGCCUCUAUUUUUCCAGGACUGAGACAAAGUCAUCAAAGAGUGCGAUUUCUGAUUCCAAAGAGUACUCCAGCCGUGAAGAUAAAGAUGACCUCUCAAAUGAAAAGGGUGUUAGAAAAGCAGAUGACAGUGCCAUUAGACAGGCUUCUGAGCCUUCAGCAACCUUGGAUAGCUCUGCCUCCCUUUCCCUUUCUGGACGAGACUCUUCCUGCUAUAACGAAGUGCCAAUGCCACCAAAGCAAACCCCCCGAGAGUCCCUCUCCUCACCCAAGCGGGCAGCCUCACCCACCCACUUGCAGAAUGACCAGCCCUUGCACAGUAACAGCAGACAAAGGUCAAUCUUGUAUGCAGAAAUACCAACUGCUGACGAUGAAGAAAAAUUGGAUGACCGAGCUAAACUAAGUGUAGCUGCAAAGAGACUCCUUUUUAGAGAAAUGGAAAAAUCAUUUGAAAUGAAGAAUAUUCCCAAGCCACCUGUCAGAAGCUCGGCGGUGGAGAGGAGGCUGCGGCGCUUGCAGGACAGGUCCCACACCCAGCCCAUCACCAGCGAGGAGGUGGUCAUUGCAGCCACUGAAACUAGCCCUGCUUCACGUUCUGUGAAUACCCACACAGUAGUGACAAGAGUACCUAGUCCCACUGUAGUUAAGAGCACUGUACAACCUACCAGCUUGCAGGCAUCAGCACACCAAAAAAUUUUAGCUAAAGAGGAGAUAAGAGCAGCCAAAGAGGCGAUGGGGCAAGAUCAGUCUGAGGAACCAGAUUCUUCCACCUUAAGCUUGGCAGAAAAGAUGGCUUUGUUUAACAAACUGUCUCAGCCAGUGUCCAGGGCCAUCUCCACGAGGAAUCGGGGAGAUCUGAGGCACAGGAGGAUGAAUGCUCGUUACCAGACUCAGCCAGUCACCCUUGGAGAGGUUGAGCAGAUGCAAUGGAAAAAAAAUAAACUGGUCCAGAGUGAAAGUGGAAAGCUCGCUCCCCUGUCACCUGCAGUUGCAACAUCGAUUUCAGCCAUGGCCUCUGCCCUGGCUCCCUUGCUUGGGGACCUGCACGGGAAGCUGAGCCCUGAUGGCAGAGGGAGCGCUGGCACCAGGUUCCACCCUGCAGCAGAAAACUUGGACUCUUCAGGAAAACACACACACAAGUCAGAGCAGUGGCAGCCCUCCAUGGAAGCCCUAGAAAGCAAAAAAGCAUCAAAGAAACAUGAAGAAGAAAGAAAGAGGUUUCUAGCCCAUGAAGCUAAUGAAAUUAAAAAGUACAGCUCCUUUGAGGAUGAAACCACACAUCCUGUUCCUGAAAAAGCAGGAGACCACCAUAAAGACACAGCAUACAGCUUCCUGAGGAAGGGCAGCUUGGAACUGUUUGGUUCACAAGCACUUUUUCAGCCCCUGGAACAGAAGGAAAUCGAUACUGGCAUGCAAGACCACGCUGAGCCUUCUUCUGAACUCACCAGCACAUCAGCCAUGAGGACAGUUUCACAAACAGCAGCUGCAGCAUCCUGUAGACUGCAGGAGCUCUCUGAACAAUUGGAAGGCAAAUUUUAUAAGAAUUCCUGUGAGAUGUUUUCCAUGGGAGAGAGCAAAGCACAAACAGCUGAGGAUGUCCUCGAUAAUGCCAGCAAAACUAUGUCAAUUAAGGAAAGGUUGGCACUGCUGAAGAAGAGUGGUGAAGAAGAUUGGAAGAGCAGGCUCAGCAAAAAGCAGGAGUAUGCAAAGGUGGCCGUCGCUGAUCGCAGUGCGCAGAUGCAAGAAGUUGAGCAGCUGUUGAAGAAGCAAAGAAUGGCAGAUAACCAGGAGAGUCAGAUGACCAUUGAGGAGAGGAAACACCUGAUUUCAGCUCGAGAAGAAGCCUGGAAGUCCAAGGGAAAAGGAGCAGCCAAUGACUCCACACAGUUCACUGUGGCUGGCCGAAUGGUAAAAAAAGGCCUGGCUUCCCCAAGUGCACUGACACCAACAGCAUCCCCUUUCCGGCAGAAGUCUACCACCCCAGUUACAAAGCCCUUGGAAGAAAUUGAAGCCAGGCCUGACAUGCAGUUGGAAUCAGAUAUGAAGCUUGACAAGUUGGAGUCAUUCUUGGGAAGGCUGAAUAACAAAGUUGCUGGGAUGCAAGAGACAGUGCUGACAGUUACAGGAAGGUCUGUGAAAGAGGUGAUGAAGCUGGAUGAUGAUGAAACAUUUUCCAAAUUUUAUCGCCAUGUGGAUUUCCCUUCCUCCUCAGUGCCUUUGGACUUUAAUGAGGACUUCGAUGCCAUCUUUGAUCCUUAUGCACCAAAGUUGACAUCUUCUGUAGCAGAGCACAAACGUGCAGUUAGGCCCACACGCAGAGUCCAGUCCUCCAGAAACCCCCUGAAAAUGCUUGCAGCAAGACAAGAUAUUCUGCAUGAGUAUACUGAACAAAGACUGAAUGUUGCCUUCAUGGAGUCAAAGAGAAUGAAAGUAGAAAAAAUGUCUACAAAUUCAAAUUUCUCAGAAGUAGCGCUUGCUGGCCUGGCAAGCAAAGAGAAUUUCAGCAACAUUAGCCUGCGGAGUGUUAAUCUAACAGAGCAGAACUCUAACAACAGUGCUGUGCCAUACAAGAAGCUAAUGCUCCUGCAAAUUAAAGGAAGAAGACAUGUUCAAACAAGAUUAGUUGAACCAAGAGCCUCAUCACUGAACAGUGGAGACUGUUUCCUGUUGUUAACUCCACAUUUAUGUUUCUUGUGGGUAGGAGAGUUUGCAAAUGUCAUAGAAAAAGCAAAGGCUUCAGAACUUGCAACUUUAAUUCAGACAAAGAGGGAACUUGGCUGUAGAGCUUCUUAUAUACAGACUAUAGAAGAAGGAAUAAAUACCCAUACCCACGCAGCCAAAGACUUCUGGAAACUCCUUGGUGGACAGACAAAUUACCAGUCCGCUGGAAGUCCUGAAGAAGACGAAAUGUACGAAGCCGCAAUAAUAGAAACAAAUUGCAUUUACCGCCUUGUAGAGGAUAAACUCAUUCCUGAGGAUGACUACUGGGGCAAGGUGCCAAAAUGUACCCUGCUACAACCAAAAGAGGUGCUGGUGUUUGAUUUUGGCAGUGAAGUAUAUGUAUGGCAUGGAAAAGAAGUUACUUUAGCACAAAGAAAAGUGGCAUUCCAGCUGGCAAAACACUUGUGGAAUGGCACCUUUGACUACUCCAAUUGUGAUAUAAAUCCUCUGGACCCCGGAGAAUGCAAUCCCCUCAUACCCAGAAAGGGGCAAGGACGCCCAGACUGGGCUGUAUUUGGCAGACUCACAGAACAUAACGAGACAAUACUGUUCAAAGAAAAAUUUCUUGAUUGGACAGAACUGAAGAAACUCAAUGAGAAGAAUUCUAGUGAAUCCCUUCACCAGAAGGAAGAAUCCAGAUCUGACUCUAAACCAUAUGAUGUCAUGCUAAUGGUAGCUGUGCCUCAAACAACUGUGGGCACGGUCUUGGAUGGAAUGAAUAUUGGCCGGGGUUAUGGACUGGUAGAAGGAGAAGAUGGGAGGCAGUUUGAAAUUAUCACUGCCUCUGUGGAUGUCUGGCAUAUCCUGGAAUUCGAUUAUAGUAGACUGCCUAAGCAAAGCAUAGGGCAGUUCCAUGAGGGGGACACAUACGUGGUGAAGUGGAAGUACAUGGUGAGCACUACAGUUGGAAGCAGACAAAAAGGAGAGCAACAAGUACGGGCUGUUGGAAAAGAGAAAUGUGUGUAUUUCUUUUGGCAAGGAAGGCACUCCACAGUGAGUGAGAAAGGAACAUCAGCUCUCAUGACAGUGGAGCUUGAUGAAGAGAGAGGAGCACAGGUACAAGUCCUUCAAGGGAAAGAACCACCGUGCUUCUUGCAGUGUUUCCAAGGAGGGAUGAUUGUGCAUGCUGGAAGAAGGGAAGAGGAAGAAGAAAAUGCACAAAGUGAUUGGAGGCUUUAUUGUGUGCGAGGAGAAGUUCCCAAUGAAGGAAACUUACUUGAAGUAGCGUGUCACUGCAGCAGCCUGCGGUCCAGGACAUCCAUGAUUGUCCUCAAUAUCAACAAAGCUCUCAUCUACCUGUGGCAUGGCUGCAAAGCACAGGCUCACACCAAGGAUGUAGGAAGAACAGCAGCCAAUAAAAUAAAAGAACAGUGUCCACUGGAGGCAGGGCUGCACAGCAGCAGCAAGGUGACGAUUCAUGAAUGUGAUGAAGGGUCAGAGCCCUUGGGAUUCUGGGACGCCUUGGGGAGGAGAGAUCGGAAGGCCUAUGACUGCAUGUUGCAAGAUCCUGGAAAGUUUAAUUUCACGCCCCGCCUGUUCAGCCUCAGUAGUUCAUCAGGAGAAUUCUCAGCCACUGAGUAUGUUUACCCUUCAAGAGACCCCGCUGUCAUCAAUUCCAUGCCAUUCUUGCAAGAGGAUCUUUACACUGCCCCACAGCCAGCCCUCUUCCUUGUUGACAAUCACCAUGAAGUGUACCUGUGGCAAGGCUGGUGGCCUGUGGAGAACAAAAUCACUGGAUCAGCUCGAAUCAGGUGGGCUACGGACAGGAAAUGCGCCAUGGAGACGGUGCUGCGGUACUGCAAAGGAAAAAAUGUAAAGAAGCCACCCAAAUCCUAUCUAAUUCAUGCUGGCCUAGAACCUCUGACAUUCACUAAUAUGUUCCCAAGUUGGGAGCACAGGGAAGACAUCGCAGAGAUUACAGAAAUGGACGCUGAGGUUUCUAAUCAAAUAAUACUUGUAGAGGAUGUGCUGGCCAAGCUGUGUAAAACAGUGUAUCCAUUAGCAGAUCUCUUAGCUAGGCCUCUGCCUGAGGGAGUUGAUCCACUGAAGCUUGAAAUUUACCUUUCAGAUGAGGACUUUGAGGUUGCAUUAGAGAUGACAAGAGAGGAGUACAAUGCACUGCCAUCUUGGAAGCAAGUUAACCUGAAGAAGGCAAAAGGACUUUUCUAAGCUGUGUUUAUGGAAGUGAGCACUAAAGGGAUGUCCACUCUCACUUUCUAUGUCCUUUAGAAGAAUUGUACCCUACAUUUACAGAACAAAUAAAAAUAAUUCGAAGUUAUUAGUGACUACCUAUCUGGAGGUGUGUAAUAUUAUAAUAAAAGGCCAAGAGAACUCUUUGAAAAUGGAAUUCAAUUUUGACUCUUAAAGGUAAUGUUUUUAAGCUCCGUUCUCCUAUGCACUUAAACAGUAGUUUCUUGAGCUACUGCUGCAGGUGUCCUUUGGCUAUAUCCAAUACUUGCCAUUUUUGUUUUUAAAGAAGUUCUCUUUGUAAAGUGUUAUUUUGUUAGUUUGUGGAUUACAAAGAAUUUAUAUUUAUAUAAACACAUAGAACAAGUAUUUAACAAUGCAAUAUGUAUUCACUUUCAAGACUUCCAUGUCAAAACUACAGAAAAGUAGCUGAUGGCAGUUGCUUGUACUGAAUUAGCUAUACCACCAAUAUGUAUCUCCUUUGCAUUCUGAAAAGUUUCUCUUUGCAAUAGUUAAUGAAUUGUUCUCAGUGCUGCUUCAGGUGCUAAACUGAAAAAAGCAUUUGUAUUUAUAGCAUGGAUUUCUUGAGAAACUAUGCGAAUCAACCUUUAUACUUUAUUAUCCAAAAAUGUAUAGUGCCUUGUUUUUUGUGUACAGUUUAUAUACAAAAAAAAAAGAUUGGUCUGCAUUUUGAAGAUGGCUUAGAAUGGUCUCCUAUGUUACUUUUAUAAUAGUAGAAAUAAAAACAUCUCAGUUUCUAAUCCUUGUUGUAAACAUUAAACAUGUCUUUUGUGAUAUAAGAACCGAAAGGAAAAGCUUCUGAAUAAACUCUUAGCGAUGCUCUGACUUGUCA